AUGACGGCGCAGACAGAACCAGUCGCUCAACAGCGACCCUACCCGGUUCUGAAACGAGAAUGCGAUGUAGUGAUUGUAGGUGCUGGAAUUGUUGGGAUGUUGUUGGGUUUGCUCUUGAAAGAGCAAGGUCUCUCGGUGCAGCUCUACGAACGUCAGAGCGCAGUUUAUCCUCUUCCUCGAGCUGUCGUCCUGAGUGAAGAUAAUGUUCGCUUGCUGGAGAUCAUGGGUCUGCGUGACGUGCUAGGUGGCUUCGUCGUUUGCGACGAUUUCCCCUGGAAAGAUGCCCAAGGUAACGAGAUUGCCUGCAUUAGCAACGCUCUCAGCAGCAACGAACUCUCGGAAUUCUAUCCUAACUACCUCAUCAGUCAGCCUUUGGUAGAGAACGCCAUCAGCAUCCGGUGCGAACUCAAGAAUCUGCAGCUCUAUCGAAACUGGAACUUCACCAAAUUCGACGAUCGCGAUCCCACGACCGGUUACCGUAAGGUCUACUUUGAACGACCGCCACUUUCGACGAGCCAGAUCUUUUUCCAGAACCAGGUCGAAGUCAAAUGCCGUUGGUUGAUUGGAGCCGAUGGAGCCAACAGCUCGGUGCGACGAGCUGCCGGUAUCACUAUCACCGAUUUUGGUUUCAAUCACGAAUGGCUAGUAGUCGAUACUUUACCGGAUGACUAUGAGGCCAGCUCAAAGAACCUCCCUCGAGCUCAGUACUGUGAUCCAGAGCGUCCCACCACCGCCAUCGCAAGUGGUCCUCGUCGACAUCGCUGGGAAUUCAUGCGCCUCCCUGGAGAAUCAGACAAAGAGCUCCUCAAUCCAGCCAGGCUCUGGAGCCUCCUCAAACCCUUCGGUGUCAAUCCGGAGAAGGUAGAGAUCGAACGUGCUGUCAUCUACCAAUUCCAAUCCAAGCUUGUUGAUUCCUUCUGGGAAGAUGGCAUUGGUCUUGUUGGAGAUGCAGGUCUUAGCUCCGAAAAGCUCAUGCAAUCUUAUACCUCCGAGCGGAGAUCUCAAGCUGAUGCCAUCAUCAAGCUGGCCAUCCACCUCGGUCAACCCCUCUGCAUCACCGAUAAGAAGAUAGCUGUCAAGACUCACGGAGAUAUGCUACAGAAAUAUCUUGAUUCUGAUUCCGAGCACACCAAGACGACACCGCCAAACCUCAUUGGAGAGAAAGCCAUGCUUCUUGACAAGCAUUAUGGUGGCUCUUUGGAGCUUCGCGCGCCAUUCAGGCACAGAGAUGGAGUGGUCGGUAUCCGCAGACAUGUCGAAUGGGUUAUCUUGCACUCUGCAGCUUGCAAGAUACCAGCUGAAUCGGUUAAAAACCUCGAACGGCAUCAGGUACGUAUGGAACCCCUCAGCAAGGAGGUCGACGUCACUGGCAAGUAUCAUGCGUGGAUCAGCAAGAUCUUGGGAACCACCGAACAGACAAAGCAGCAAGAAUUAUGGUGCAUCUUACGUCCCGAUAUGUACGUGUACGGUAUGGGCAACGGGCCAGAAACUUUCCGAGAUGCUCUGCUCGAACUCGAAAGUGACCUCAAGGUUUAG